GAUCAGCGGAAUUGCAGUACUCGCCAGAUGACCACAGGGAUGCAGCACAGCUAGAUCCAAUGGAGUGAAUCCCCACAGUGAAUUCUGGAAAAAUAAUUUACAUAGAAUUUAGUCUCUGUGAAAACCAUUCAAUAACAACAGAAUGCUGCUUACAAAACUUAUUUCAAAUCCUUUAGUCUUUGUCUACCGUGGUCUGUGGUACUGUGUUUAAAUUAGUUUUGUAAAAAAGGAGGUGUGGUAGAAAGGACCUACAUGCCACAACUACUUGAAUAAAUACUGAGAACAACGAAGAAUUGGGUAAGAUAUAAAAGCAAAGACUGGAGGGUGCCAAAACAACUAAUGAUACUUUCUUGAAAGGAAUGUCUGAUUGAUAGAAAGUUCAAGGAACAACUUCUACAAACAGUGGCAAAUAGCCAGUCCCCAUGAGUCAACCCCACCAGGCUAAACUGCUGUUCACAUGCCAUGCAGGGCAAGCAGCAUCAACAUCUGGCAACGGCCACAUCUUCAGCCGGUUGGGGAAGGCACAGAAGCUGCAGUGUCCUGGAAGGGGCUCUCAGGAGCUGCCAUGGCCAGAGCUGCCAUGGCCUCCCAGCUCAGGAGGCAGAAAGCCCAGCCAGCUCCAGCCGCCUCUCUUGAGGAGCCCCAGGGGGCAAGUGAGCCUUUUGCACCAGGGAUGGUUUUCCCCAGUGGGGAGUGGACACCUUCAGUCUCCGGAGCCAGCUAGGCAGAGCUAAGGGGACUGCUCGGGGACACCAGCACCCACUGGGCCCUCCCACACAGGGUGCGAGGGCGCUGACAACAGUCCCUCCAUGGCGGGGGGGACGCGGCCUCGGCGGCAGUUCCCCUCCUGCUGCCCCUGUGGGGUCAGAGAUGCCGCCAGGCGCCCGUGAGGACACGGCCUCCCUCGGGGAGCGGGAGCUGUCGCAGCGGCCCUGGCGCCGGCUGCGAGGGGCGUCCCGUCCCCUGAGGAGGGACGAUAGGGCGGGGAGGGCCGGCGGUGAGGAGAUAACCGCGCCGCGCCCUCCGCCGAUAAGCGAGCAGGGGGGCUGCCGGUCCAGCCGCCCUUCCGCCAUUUCCGUGCUGGGCACGGCACCCCGGGGGCGCCCGGGUGACCCCGCGACGCUCCGGAAGGAUCCCCGCCAUCGCGGGCCCUCCCUGAGGGGACACGCGCCGCGCCGCGCCCCGAACCCGCCGGGCGGCGGCGGCGGGGCCUGAGGAGCGGGGCGGGGCGCUGCGCGCGCGGCUACCCGCCGCCGGGAAGCCAAUGGGGGCGGGCGGCGGGGCCUGAGGAGCGGGGCGGGCCGCCAUGGGCCGCGGCAGCGCCGUCCCGCCGCGGGGCCGGCGCCCGUAGUGGCAGCGCAGCCUUCCUCCUCCUCAUCUUCCUCAUCCUCCCCCCGCCGCACAGCGCAGCCGCCGCGCAGGGCCCGGCGCCCGCCCCCGGGGCGGCGGCGCUGGCCGGCGACGGGGCUGGCCCGGCGCGGCCCCGUGAGGCGCGGCCGCCCCUUCCCGCCCCCCCCCACCUCCCUUCUUCCCUCCUUCUCUCCGCCCGCCGUGAGGGCGGGAGGAAAGCGGCAGCCGCGAGCGGGAGGCGAGGGUAGGCGGCGCGCCGGGAGCCAUGCGGGAGUACAAGGUGGUGGUGCUGGGCUCUGGCGGCGUGGGCAAGUCCGCCCUCACCGUCCAGUUCGUGACGGGCUCCUUCAUCGAGAAGUAUGACCCCACCAUCGAGGACUUCUACCGCAAGGAGAUCGAGGUGGACUCCUCGCCGUCGGUGCUGGAGAUCCUGGACACGGCGGGUACCGAGCAGUUCGCCUCCAUGCGGGACCUCUACAUCAAGAACGGGCAGGGCUUCAUCCUGGUCUACAGCCUGGUGAACCAGCAGAGCUUCCAGGACAUCAAGCCUAUGCGGGACCAGAUCAUCCGGGUGAAGAGGUACGAGAGGGUGCCCAUGAUCCUGGUGGGCAACAAGGUGGACCUGGAGGGCGAGCGGGAGGUCUCCUUCGGGGAGGGCAAAGCCCUGGCCGAGGAGUGGAGCUGCCCCUUCAUGGAGACCUCGGCCAAAAACAAAGCCUCGGUGGACGAGCUCUUCGCGGAGAUCGUCAGGCAGAUGAACUACGCCUCGCAGCCCAACGGGGACGAGCAGUGCUGCUCCUCCUGCGCCAUCCUCUGAGGGCGGCGGCGGGGCCGGGGCUGGCUGCGGGCACACGGCGGCGGCGGCGGCUCGGCCACCCGGCCGAGGCGAGCCGCGGGGCGGGCGCGCUGGCCUCGGCGGCCGCCAGACACAGACACACACAGAGAAACGGAAAAAGGAGAGAGGGGGAAAAAAAAAAAAAAAAAAAAAAAAAAACAAGGAAAAAAAUUAUAUCGUGUUGGAAAUGUGGCUUUUUUCGGCAUGUACGUUUCGUCCAGUCUUGGUCGUUGCAUAUUUCCCGUCAGUGUCUGCCGCUGCCCCGCGCUGGCAGCGGGCACGGGGGAGGACGGCGGCGGGGAGCGGCCCCUGCCCGCCCCGGGAGCGGGGCACACGCGGGGAGCCCGUCCCGGACACGCGUGGAGCCCGGACACGCGUGGAGCCCGCCGCCGGCCCGAGGAUCUCUAUGCAAAAGCUGGGGGGCUGUGCCCGGCGCGUCCCGCCUGGAGAAUUGCACAUCUGAACUGGGACUGUAACUCAAACACUGAUGCCAAUACAGUGUGGGGUGCCAGAAAGUGUCUGCUGAUGAUUCGUGAAAUAAUCUUCUAUUUUGUUUACCUGCUGUAUCGGAUGGGAGUUUGCAGGAGAGUGGUAGCCUGUUGGGUUUUCCUGUUGUGUUUUGUUGGAUUUUUUGUUGUUGUUUUUUUUUUUUUUAAAAAUCAGCUGUGAAAAUGUUACAAAUCUGCACAAUUUUUUAGGUGUGCGUGUGUGUGUGAUUUCGUUUUUAUUUUAAUUUUCCUUUGGCGGGUGGGAGCGGUGGUGGUUUUGUUCCGAGGGUUUUUCUUUUUAGGUUGGCAAUAACUGAUUUUGAUGACUAGCUCUCUAAAGUGCAAAGACUUCCUAUAUGUGAUGCAGGGCCAACAGCAACCCUGUGUCUAUAGAGUGCCUUCAAAACUCAGCUGUUCCAGCCGGUGCCAACCUGUGAAAGCUCCACAGAAUCCCAUUAUCUACUACUCCAAAAACUACUUAACAGUUUCCUUGCAGUAAUCAUACCGAACAAGCCAGGACAAAAGGGCCUAUUGUUAGUGGAAUUUAUUUCUUAUUUCCAUCUGAGUCUUUUAACUGUAAUUGCCAUGUCUUGCAAGUUCGGGCUUCAUUUACUUCAAAUUUACAAGAAUUUAGCCUUUUGGGAUUUUGGGGGGGUGGGCUUUUUUUUUUUUUUUUUUUUUUAUUCCUUUGGUUUUGUUGUGGGAUGUACCUCCAGCCAGCAAAGAAGGAAAUCUUAUCGUUGUGAUGUACCAAGAAAAUUCUAACAACUGUCAUUUUAAUUCCAGACAUGCGUUUAAGAGAUGUCUAUCCAUUUUAAGAAUUUUAAUACAAAUGCUGUUUUUUAGAAAACAACUUCGUGCGCUUUUAUGUAUUACGUGAAACACUAACUUUCACAUAGGCUGUUAUUCCUGAUUUAUGUCUUAAUAGAAGUGAAAGGUGGUGGUGGGAUGAUUUGGGAGAGUGUUUAAGGAAAAAAAAAAAAGACAAACCACAAAACUGCUAGUUUACCUACUAUUUAGUAAUUUUUAAUACAGUUUUUCAUUUGUGUUUAGGUCCUGACCCUAUGUGAUGCCAACAUGUGAGUGGAACACUGUGUUCAGUAGGCAGCUUUAGGAAGGUAGUGUGGCUUUAAUGCAAAAGGACUUGCAAGAUUAUGCCCUUACUCUUUACCGGGCUAAAAUUCUGAGGGUCGAUUAUUUAUAAAAUUUAAGCUUUUGACCUCAUUGCAUUAUAACACUUUAAAAUUAUGCAUCAGACCGUUAUUUCUUUCCUGGUUUGCAGAGGGGUUGGGGUGGGAGGACACCUGUACCUUCUGUCAUUUGGAAGAUCUAGGGAGUUUGUUUACCUCUGUUAUCUUCCUCUCUUAGCCCCUUCUUUAAAGAUUAGCACACAAACCUGCAACUUUUUUUUUUUACUUUUUUUUUCUUCCACCUAUCCCAACAAGACUUGAAAUUAUCUCACCACCCGAAAGCAAAAGUUGAGCAAUGAUGUGUAAAGGGUUUUUUUAAUAAGGCCAACUGAAAACAAACUGCCAUGAUUCCUACUGUGAAUCUGAUAAUUUCUUCUAUUUUACAUAGGAAAGCUUCCUGCUUCAGCACUGGAAGAACAGUGUUUAGUAUUAGUUUAAUUCUAUGUAUUGAAAUCCCAGUGAUGGAAAUUAAAGUUAUAAUCUUGUGUUUUAGUUUAAAAUUGGACACGUAUUUAGCAACAUCCGGUAUCUACUGAAAAUUUGGAAAAUACAUACUUAAGUAUUACACAUCUCUUCUCCUGAGCUCACACAUAUCCUUCAAAACAGCAAGGACCUGUUCUGAUACAAUUAGUCAGGUUGUAUCAGUCAGACUGAUACAAUCAUAGUUGAAAACAAAGAGGGUGGGAGAAGGCAACCCUAGUGAUGGUCCCUCAACUUCUGCUUGUGGCCUUCAAGUAACAGACAAAUUGAUCCAGCCCCCCAUUUUCAAGUGAAAACGGAAAGCCGCUUUGCAUCUUGUCUUUCAGAAAUUUCUAAAAAUUAAUUAGAAGCCAGCUCCUCAAGGACUUCCAGGUUAGAGGGUCAGCGGAAUAAUGCUUAUUAAUAGCAAGGGUUUGUUUUAACAAAAAUGCUGCAUUGAAAACUAAGAAAGCUUGACAUGUCUGUGGUUUAAAAAACUUCAUGACUGAUUUUUUUUUUUAAAAUGCUAUAUAUUUAUAUCUCAGCUAUUCCUAUGGUUCAGUUUUGUCUUAAGUUCAAUGGGAUUAUACAGUUUUUAGCACUCAACAGGCCUUUCUCCAGAUCAGCACAUUGGAAGCAACUUGUUCCACUUAAUAAAAGCAGAUAUUUAUUCUGUUCUCCCCAACAGAUAGCAGAUUCUUCAUGUUUUCUAGUGCCUCCUGUUGCCCUACUGCCUGUGUUGUGAUUGAGGAAUGAUGCAAAAAUGGGUGUUCGUAGCACACAGCGGCACAUAAAGUCCAGUUUCUCUCAGCCUAGCAGAGCAGCUGAAGGCAGCCUAGUAAAUUCUGGAUUAUGCUGGGUUUUUUUUGUAGAUAUAAUCUAGUUCUUGCCAAAAAGGUGUGUGUGUUAAACAGUGAAGGAUUUAAGAAACCGUGGCAUGGGUCUAAUCAGAGUUUUGAACGUAAUUAGAUGUUCAGUGUUCUCUAUGACUUGUGAGGACAGUACAAAAGGUAGAGCUCAGUAGUCUGAUCUUCCAAAUACUCUGAAGUGUUUUGGUGCUCGUUAAACAUAGGCCUUGUCUAUAAAGUAGAAAAAUGUCAUACUGCUUUAACUUGACUGAAUAAUGAAAGCUAUAUUAGCUUCUACACUCACGGAAAAUGUUGUAUCAAUAUAAAGGUACUCUUCUAUUCCUUUUCCCUGUGGGAAUAUGUUAUACCCAUGUCAAUAUAAAGGUGGUAUAUAGCUCUUUUCACAGUGAGAAUUGCAAAUAUUUAAUUGAUUUGGAAGAAAAAUUACAUUCCCAGCCCAAAUACUUCCUGACGGUGCAGAAAUUGUGUAAACAAGGCCUUAGUUUAAGGCUGGUCUUAUGGCCACAUAUUUUGAUGUACAUAAUGAUUGUAUUUUUAAAAAUCCAAGCUUGUUCUAUUGCAAGAAAUUGUGUCUUUGAAAUCCCAGUCUCUGUGAUUGUAACCGUGCAGUAUUCUCGACCUCAUUUUCAAUACAAGUGUGGUUCUUCUCAACACGAUGCUCAGGCUUUAUUGAUGCUUACUGUUCUGGAUGUUGAAUUCUGUGGCAGCGGAUUCCUGGCGGUUCUGCUUCUCUCAAAAGAAUGUACGGCAAGUUUUUUGCAAAGGGCAUUUUAAAUAAAGGGCAGCUGGCUCUUUAUGA